UGAUUUUUUGAAUGGAUAAGAGUCUAAUUUUGAAGUUUUGAUUCUUCUUGUUUAGGUACCAAGUGGAAAAGAAUUAUUAGCAUUUUUAUUUAAUGAUUUUCUUUUAUUUUCAACUAUAAAAACAUCAUCAAACAAUUGGCAAUCACAAUUAUUUGAGUUGAAAUCAAAUCUACAAUUAAAACUUUACCGAUUACCAUUAUUAUUAGCUGAUAUUUUUGUUGCUAAUGAAAUACCUAAUGACCAAUUAAGUUUUUCUAUUACAAUGAAAAUUAAUGAAAAACCAUUGAUUUUAAAAACACAACACACUAACAUUCGUACAUUAUGGGUACGAGCGAUUAAUAGUGCUCUAGAAGAAUAUCAAGUAACAGAAAAAUUAAUUUUAACCGAUAAAGCAUUGUUUACUGUCACAAAUCAUGAACAUGAUUCACAAGCUGCUGUUGUACAUCUUGUUCUCGUCAUAAUAGAAGCUCGUGAUUUAAUAUCACCAACGACAACAGUUGAACGACACCGUUCUUUAAAUUCCUAUUGUGAAAUAACUGUCGGUUCAUUAACAUUAAAAACUCCAUUUAUGAAAAGAACAAAUAAUCCAAAAUGGAAUACAUCUAUACAAUUCUCUCUAUAUGAUUUUGCUAAAGAUAUUAUACAUAUUAAUAUAUUUGAUAAUGAAUUUUUUUCACCGAAUGAAAAUAUUGGUUAUACAUCAAUACAUCUCAUAGACAUCUUGCCAUGUUCACUUGACAUAUUUCUUACUCCACCAUUACAACCAUUUACACAAACAAUUUAUCUAAACAAUGGAGCAUCGAUAAUCAUGAAAUGUACUAUACAAUUUUUAUUAUAA